UGCUGCGUGACGUCAUUCGUCCGUUUCCUCUGUUUCGGGUCGCCACCGCCUCGCGUUUUCUCUUCCCCCCCCCGCUCCCAACAAGAGCCGAGAGGCGCUCAUUACAACGCUCGGCCGAUAGGGCGGCAAGCCAACAUACGGUGGAGCUCUUCCCACGCAGUUCAACUCCCAAACCCCCCCACCCCUAUACCACCGCCUAUCUCCAACCGAGUUCGACCCCGGGUUUGCGGGUUCCUCUGGGCCCAUGAGCCUGCACGACCUCUUCCGGGGAUUGUUCGGGCUCCGAGGCCAUGGCGGUGGCGGCGGUGGGAGUCGCGGCCCCCAGGACUUCGAGGGAAGUUUUUUCGGGGGUCCGUGGCGCGACGACGAAGAUGACGAUCACCACUUCGGCGGCUUUGGCCUCUUAGCAGAUGACGACGAGAACGAUGAUUCAUUCCCGCCCGGUUGGGGCGGGGCCAGAGAGGGCGACGGAAAGCGCUUCGGCUUCGGCCUGAGCGUUGGGCCGGAAGGGCUGUUCCGUUUCCAUGACAACCUGGGCUUCGGGAACAUCUUGCACGAGAUGGAGCAGCUCUUCCAGAACAUUGACAGCACGAUCGCGCAGCCGCCGCGUCGCUUCGGGCCUGAUGACCAGCCGGGCCCGAAGGAAGGGCAGUCUCUCCGAGAUUACAUGCUCAAGAGCCCCGACGACGAACUUCGUGCCGGACCCCACACUCCCUCCCGUGGGGGGCUCCCGGGCAGAGGUGGGGGCCACAGCGGGGACCCGCGGCGUCCUCCCGAGGACAGCUCGCCGCCCAGCAACCGGGGAUCGUUCGACGGGCUGCCAGCACAUCCCUCCAGACCAUUCGACUUGUUUGAUUUUUUUAGGAGAGGAUUUUUCCAGCCACCCAAGCACCUUCCCGCAGCCAAAGAGGACCAGGAUCUGGACUCGCGCGUGAAGUCCGAAGGGCUGGACUCUCUGCUGCGCCAACUACCGCCCAAAUCCACCCCUGGGCCACGGUCCUCCCUCACCCCGGGCCACGCCCCCGGCGUCCACUCCUUCUUCAGCAGCAUGUCGGUCUCCACAGUCACCAUGCCCGACGGGACGGUAGAGGAGCGCAAGACCAUCAUGGGAAGCGACGGGAAGAAGAGGACGGUUUUCAGGAGAUACGACCCAAGGAGCGGGCGGGAGAUGGAGCAGCGUGAGGAGGAGGUGGAGACGGGCCCUCUGCGGCGGUGACAUCAGUGCCCAGGGCCCAGACCUCCGAACCCUUGGGUCGUAUUUCUUGUUGUUUAAAGGAAUCCUUGGACAGAUGCUGCCACUGGUUGUCGUUGAGCCCUUGUUGUGUCAGUUCACUGCUGGAUAAAGGCUUGGCUACGCCGCGUGAGUCACAGCCGUGGUGUGACCAUACUUCACCAUGCUGGUCAGUGCAGGUUACUCAGCACAGAUGUUACCCACGGCUUUGGAAUCAAACUUAGGUUGCCGGCUCGUGACAAAUACUCGUACAAUGUGAGUUUUUUUCUACUUUGUUGUGCUAAGAAAAGUCUCGCUGAGACUUAUGUCUCAUCCACGUGUACACACUCAAAUUUAACGUAAGUAGAAACUCAGAAACACAAUUGCUGUCCUGUCACCCGACAGCCACCUUCUGGCCAUGUUGUUGUGUGUUGCACAACAUCAUCUCUGUGUGAGCCACCAACUCUUUGUAGAUUGCUGCACCCAACAAAACCUCGUUCAGUAACAAGACUGGAGCAGUAGGUAACAACACCGACUGUAUGGUUCUUUGUGCGAGUUAUAUUUAAUUUGCGUACGGAAAUAAUUGUACUGGUCGAGUGCUUCCAUGGCCCCACCAAAAUACACUACAACAUUUUAAUUUUACAAUUAUUUACAGCCCCCUCAUCACUCUACCGCUGGAUGUAGUCAUCUCCACACCUUGUCGGUCAUGGAGGUUGUUUGACUGUACUUCGCUUUGCUUGGUCAGUGCUGGGUGGCUAACAGGAGGCCACCCCAGACCAGUUGAGAUGCCGCUUGCCGUGAAUCGAUCCAAGGUGGUACGGUUCCUAGUACAGUGCAGCAUCCACCGCGACACCGCCACAACUAAAAAUGUCAACAUUUUUACGUUAGUAACGCACAGUGUGUGUGCGCGCGCAUGCGCAACCAACCAGCCAAAUGCAAAAACCGCCACCGCUUGCGCUUUUUGUGGCUACAAAAGAUCGUGAAGCCUUGCCCUGACAUCAGGUGGGGGGGGGGGGGGGGGUGGGGGGGCGCUUUGCGUUAAUGUCUUUGGGAGAGAAAACCGCUUUCAAAUGCACGGACAACGCGUAGACCCCACUUCCCCGCCCCCUGCCUGCCUGCCUGCUGCCGCUCCUAUACUCUCUCUUUAUGGCUACUCUCUUUUUUUCUUCCCCUGCCCCCCCUUGGCAAAAUGAACCCACUCUCUCCUCCUCUCCACACUCCUGUGGUUCCCACUCUACCCUCUUUCUAUAUCCUCCCUCUCCCUCCCGAACUCCGCCUUAAAUAAUCCCGGUAACGUGACAAGCUCGUAACUUCUCGGUAAAGUAAAAAAAAAGAAGAAAAUUUUUAUUUAUGUUGCCAAGUCGGCAUCAAAGAGUAUUAGUUUAAAUAUUUAUGUUUCAGCAAAGUUUAAAGAAAAUAGAUCCUGUUGUAUUGCACCAGCGGCCAAUAAAUCUUUGUCAUCGCCAGCCAUUCUCCAUCCGCUGCUGGCUUGAAAGCAUGCAGUCUCUCACCGGGUUGUGUGCCACAGCAAUCCGUCUUGUUCCAGCGUGGGUCCCAAUGUCAUCGCUCCAUCUCUCCGACAAAUAAUUACCGAUCCUCAGGGAGACUGUCUGCUUGCUGCUUGUGUUGUUUCUGCUGUGUAGUGGAAAAAAAUAAAAAAAUAACUAAAUGUACUGUGUGUACCCA